GAUGUCUUCCUUGCACCCGUUCCCGAACAUAGUUUCCUACCUCUUCCUGACACCUCUUUCAAACUUUUCCAUUGCUUUAUUUGAGGCCAUAUUUGGUUCUUCCAAGAUGAGGUCCUGGAACUUGUCGACGUAGUCCUCUACUGAUCCGAUUUGGUGGUGGACAGCCAGUCUAUCGCGAGCCAUGCGGAGGUUUUGGACCGGUUUGAAGGCCUUCCGCAGCUCUUCUUUGAACUCGACUCAAUCUUCUGGUACUUCGCUGAUCGUUUCUUGUCUUAUUAGCCAGUCUUGCUCGACGAUAACAUCAAACUUGCGGAUUGGUAAAACUUUGAAGUUUCGUCGUUGUAGGUGGCCACCACUCUUGAGCCGGCCUCCGUAGUGGUGCGUCAUUGGGAUGGUCUUUCUAUCUGUUACUUCCAGUUGCUGGAGGUUUGCGAUAGCACCUG